AUGAGUUCCGCGGACGUUUCCGCCUACAUCGACCUCGACACUUUCCCCUCGCCAGAUGCGGGAUCGACGAUCGCCGCCGAGGGGCAACAUCCGAGAGCAAGUACAUCAUACCUGCCGAUCGACGACGACGACGAAGGUUUAGAAAGUUUAGCAGUGUUCCACAAGGGCAACAUCGACUCCUUACACAUGGACUCGGACCUGCCCGCUGAGGUUCCUUCGCCGUUCCGAGAAUCGGCUCCUGCCGCCGCAUCGAUGACGCUGAUGCUCGGAGGCGAGAAUGUCAACAACAGCGACGAGAUCAGUGGAAUGAUGGCUGUCGAUGGUGAUGCGUCUACUUUCAGAUUGCAAAACGAAGCGGUUCGACUUUCUCCGGAACCCGUCAACAGCGGGUCUGAGGCUGAAGUGGAGGACGAUGAAGAGGAUGUUGAUAAGAAUGAGGAUAAGGAUGAUGAGGACGAUGAGGACGAUGAAGACGACGGCGAGGAGCUGGUGCAGUCCAUUAAUCCUUCGAUCCUAACCGCGUCGUCGUCACUUCCGGCGGAGAUGGAAGCGGACGUAGUCGUCAUCCACCCUGUAUUGAUCGGCGAAGCCCCUGUCGCAUCGACCUCGACGGCGGCGCCCGUGACUCCGUCGGCUCCAGCAAUGAUAGUGAAGAAGAAGGCAGAGGCUACCACAACAAGCACUAAGAAAGUCGCCGCUUCUACUCAUUCCACUAUGAAUCCCGCUAUCGUCAUCACACCCAAAUCCGCCGUCGCUCAAGGCAAACUCCCUGCUUCGACCUCGACCUCAAUCUCGAGCACCGCCUCCUCAAAAUCGAAAUUGACGUCAGCAACGAGUACGAGUUCAGUAGCAAACAGUAGCGCCGCCCCCACGCCCGAGAAUCAAGUCUGGAUCAAAAUGUACGACUCGCAGCUGCGCGACGUCCUUGCAAACCUGCGCACGACCAAAACACCGCUUGUGCUGGCCAAUCGGCUCGCCAAAGGGCUUUCGCACUUCUCCUUCGGUAAUGCUAGUCGCCAACUCUCACCCUGGGGCGACCAAUCCGUGAUCCCACCUUCGGAUCGCUUGACCAUAUUGACGCAGAUGCUACAGAACGGGACGAAGGAAUUUUGGAAUGCCUUCGCGGCCGUACCGGGGGAUGAGGGGAUUAAGACGAUCAAGGUUUGGUUCUGGGGUGCGAGUCUCAGUUGCACCUCGGUGGCGAAGAAGGGCGAGGAAGGGAAGAUGGAGGUCGAGUCGAGUAAGGACCAGGGCAAGGAGUUGGAAGGGACGUUGGUACCCAUUCUCAAGGUGAGUCUUUUGUGUUUCGACCGUGCGAUGGAAGUCCUGGAAAGCUCGUCCGAGCCGUCCCUGGCAGCUUUCAAAUGCGGAGCCGACCGCUCGGGCCCGAGACUCCGCGCCGGGCCUACCUGCGCGCCUUGCACCCGCUCUACAAAUUGCACAGAGCAAUCACAACUUUGAAAAUACCUUGUGCUUUGUUUCCUGUCGGAUCUUUUUGUGGUCACGUACCCCUAAAGUAGAGAGCCCCGCAUCCCGUCACUGGCGCAAACUAGUCGUGGCCCCUGUCCGGUCCUCGGGCCCGUGCGCGCAUCGCCGACGUUGGCUUGCCGCUCCUACAUAUGACCUGUGCGGGAUCAGACCAUGAACCUGACCAGCGCGUCUCCAAUCAUGCUCCCAAAUCGUGAAUCCACAGGCUCUCAACAAACUUCCCCUCACGAUCAAUCAUCUCAAGACGUACGAGCUCGGAAAACGAGUCCGGAGGGUCGAUCGAGGCUCAAAGAACAAAGGUGCGUCCCAAGAUGGCCGUUCCAUGCUACUUUGACGUUGAACUGACCCACUUGUCUACACUUUACUCAACCUUACUGUGUUCGAUCUUAAUAGAGGCGGUCAAGCUUGCACGGGAACUGGUCAACAAAUGGCAAGAACUGGCCAGCAGCAUCGCCGACUCGAAGGACGAAGCGAGCACUAAGAAAGCGGCCAGUGCAGCGACAAAACGCAAGACACCGGAUUCGAGCUCUGAGGGCGAGUGUUUGGCGUAUAGACCUGUGUUGAGCGAUCUCGUUAGCUGACUUUGUGGUUGAUUCAUUUCGGACAAGCAGCUCCGGUCAAGAAGCUAAAGACCGUCACAGAAGGGAAAACUGUUGCCGCCGAAGCCAAGAAGCACGUCCCCGGUGCUGCCACAACAAACACAAAGAAAGCACCAACGUCUGCCGCGACCCCAGUACCAAUCAAAAAGGCACCGGUCGUGGUCGCCAACCCGUUACAAAAGAUGUUGGCCCAAAUGAAGUUUGACAAGAAGCGCACGAGCGAGCCGCCGUCUGCUUCUGCCGCUGCUCCGACUCCCUCCACAGCCUCUGGGACAAUGGCGGCAACAAUUUCAUUGGCGGCCGACAAGAUCCCCUCCGAGCUUCGAUCAACUUUGAAUCCUCUCAAACUGCGAAAUAAGAAGAAAGUACACUGGCCGCUCAAUGACGUCGAUCUCAACCACAUCCGGAUCAUCGAGAAUUGCCUCGACGGGCAACGGCCACGGAAAGGCAUGGGUGAGGCCGGUGCGGAGGACGAGGACAGUGGCUUCGAGUCGUUGGUCAGGGAUAUGAAUGAACGCGAGGGAGCUGUCAUGACUCAAGGUGCGGCAAUGGAGGAAGAAAUCGCCUGGUACGAGCCGUUAUGUAAGUCUGAUCAGCCGUGACCUCUUUGGGUUCGACAACAUUAGCGCCUUACUCAUUGAAAGCCCGUGAUCGUGCUCGGUCAGUCAUCGAAGUACCUGAUACGGCGGAAUUCAGCUCCUAUCACAUUGUUGUUGAAUCCGAGGAAGCCGUCUUUCAAGCGCAACGCGAAACGGGUCGACCCGAGUAUCUCUUUGACGAAAGCAACCCCGAAGCGCAGAUGGAGUCUCCGGCUGAACCCCAAUCGGACGCAACAGCCGGCGAAGACGAGCCCGAAACGAAGGAGAUGACCUUUUCAUCCGAGAUGACGAGUGAUCCCUUUGUGAUGCAGGCGAUCGCAAAUGCCCAGUCCCUGAACACCCCGACACAGGGCUACCUGCAAGAGGAUCAACUGCAAAGCCUGCUUGGCAACCUUGUCAGCAUGCAAGAGCACCACCAUCAACAACCGCAUCAGCUUCAACAGCACGUCCACCAACCCCACACGGGUCUGAGCAAUGGUCUCGAGCAAACGGGCGUCUUUGAUGAGCAGGCACUGGCCAAGCUUCGGGCCUUCGAUCCCGCUCUGCUUCAGAGCAUCGUCAACCAGCACCCCCAAGAACUGGGCAUGCUUGCGAACGAGCUGAGUCAACGAGCAGUACGUCGAUGCAUAGCUUCUGCCUAGUUGGUUGAAGGAUCUGCUCACGUUUCUGCUUGCUUGAUUGCAGACUUUCCCUGUUCAACUCGAGCCGACACCUCCGCUUCCGCCUUCGAUGUUCUCAUGGCAGCAGCAGCAACAGCAAUCGCUCAUGUCGCAGGCGCCUCAAUUGACCCUAUCAGACCAGUACAACGGCUAUGUGCCGCCGGGGGGCUCAAGCAUCGAUAUGCAAGCGAGCAAAAUGAAGGGCAAGAAAGCUGGCAAGGGCGCCAAGGGCAAGGUCACUAAGUGCCGGUUCUUCAAUACGCCGCGGGGCUGUGACAUGGGCACAAAGUGUGAGUCGAUUUCUAUCUUCUUUUUGGGGAACUGUAUUAAAGCUAGGAGUCGGUGCCCUUGUGACCCAGGUCGAUUCAAGCACGAGUUUUAG